AUGGAACCAUUACACCAAUUUUGUCAAGCAUGGUAUGGAUUAAAAUUAAAUGAUGUACAACUUGAUUGUACUCACAUUAAAAUAGAUCGUACACAAUCUAGUGAACAAUUUUCUAAAUCAAGAAAAUUAGCAUUUUUCUUAUUGAAUCGAUCAACAGAUAAUAGUAGUUUCGAAAUACUUGGUUGUUUACAUACAUUAGCUAAAUUUCAAAACAACAUUAUAAAUUUCUACAAACAUAUAACUAAUCCACAAGUACCAUACGAUGAUACUGAACGAAAACAACCAGAAAUUGAAAUACAAAAAAUUACUAAAGAACAUUUAUUAGUAAUAUCACCUGAAAUAAUUGAUACGAUAUUAAGAGAAGAAAAUGGUUAUAUUAUUAAUUAUGAAUAUGGUAAAACAAAAGAAGUAAUUUAUGAUUAUGAUGAAAUUGAAACUAGAUUAUGUAAUAGAAUAAAUCGUAUACGAUCGAUUGAUACGGAAAAUUUCAAUUAUUUUAAUUAUCAAUUUGAAUUGUACCAUCAAGAAGUAUCAUUAUUCAAUGAUAUACGACGAAACAUAAAACAGGAGCAAAUGUCAACCGAUGAAAAAACGAAACUUCAACAACUCUUAAAGAAUACAAAAAUGAACGAUGUACGACAGUUUUUAGGUUCAUUAGAUUAUGUAUUCACAUAUUUUUUUUUAAUGAUACGGCGACCACCGAGAUCUACACUAAAGGAAUCUGUUAAAGUUUUAAUACACAAUACUUCUCGUUUACAUUCAUACAUUCUCAAUGAACAGCAACCAUUUGGUAGUAUUCAAGUAAAAUAUGUUAUAAAUUUAUAUGAGCUCAUUAAAGAAUUAGUAUUCGAUGAAAUAAUGAAAAAUUAUGCUAAACAAGGAUUAACUACAGAUGGGGUUUGGGCUGAUGGUGCUACUUUCGAAGGUUAUGGCCAUUUUACUGAUUUUUCGGCCUAUGGUAAGGUAUUUACAAAAAAAUCGGAUAACGAAAUUUUGACCUGAUAUUUUGCCCAUAUGUAGACCGCAUGGCCCUUAUUAAGCGCUACAAGUUUGAGUGAAACAAGGUGUUUUUUUCUCGAGAUAAUGAAUUUGUAAGAAAUACCCACAUUUCACAGAGAGCUCAGAAAAAUUGAGUUUUCUUGGACAUCCAUUAUCUCAAGAACGAAACAUCAUUUUUCGCUGAAACUUUUAGCAUAUACUAAGAACCAUGAGGCCUACAUAUGGGCAAAAUUUCAGAUCAAAAUUUCGUCAUCCAAUUUUUUUGUAAAUAUCUUGGCAUAGGCCGAAAAAUCAGUAAAAUGGUCAUAGCCUCUGAAGGAAGCACCAUCAGCCCAAACUCUCUUAAGAUUCUUCUUAGAAUAAUGAUCCCGGCAUAUAGACAAAAUAUCAUUGAAAACGGCAUGGAUCAGAUAGGGAUCUUCUCUCGUAAGAAGAACUUUAAAAAAUCUAUUCCUAACAAUUCCUAUUCUUACAGGAAAACAUACAUAUGACCUAUUUUCAAAAAAAACGAGUUGCCCAGAACCUUUUUGACGGUUCUGACGCUGGAUACUACCCGAAAUCAUCAAAAUGGUUCUGACUGAAAAGAGGUUCCACAAAAAAGGAACAAAAUCAUUUAUGAUUUUUUAAUAAAAAUGGUUCAGUCCUACGGAUAAAGUGUGGCAUUAGUCAAACCUAUCCCUUAUCUCUAUAGAGCAUAAAUAAAAAAGGUUUUCUCCGAAUCCUAUAAAGGGUUUCCGGGUUUGUCACUAUAUGAAACUCUUUAUAGGUUUCCGAGAAUGGUUUUCAAGCUCUCAUAAACCGUCAAAACCAAUCGAAAAAGCUCAUGAUCUCCGAAACCUAGCCACAAAACGAUUCACUAAUCAAUAUCUGUCGCCUUCUUCUAAUCGCCUAUUCUAAGCUCUAAUCUGGAUCCUUAUUCUAUCCCCAUAUUCUAACUCCUAAUCUAACCUCUUAAUUUAUAUCUGUCACCUUAUUCUAACCGCUUCAUCUAUCCCCUUAUUCUAUCCCUAAAUCUAACCUCUUAUUCUAACCCCUUGCUCUGAAUCCUUAAUCUAUGUGUACCUCCUUAUUCUAAUACCCUUAUUCUAUCCCUUAACCUAACCACUCACUCUAAAUCAUUAAUCUAUUUCUAUCUCGUUAUUCUAACCCCCCUAACUCUAUCUCUUAAUCCAACCUUCAUCUAACUCCUUACUUUAACCCCUACUCUAACUUCUUAAUCUAUAUCUAUCCUCUAACUCUAAUCCCUUGAUCUGACCCCUUAACCUAACCCCUUAUCUAACUCCUUAUUCUAAACCCUAAUCCAACUUCUUAAUAUAUAUCUAUCCUCUCAUUCUAUACUCUAAAAAGAAUCGGUUUUUUACCGAACCCUUCAGAAAGGUUUCGGAGAUGUCCAAAGGUAUCCAAAGAUGUAUAAAGGCUUAAAAAACGAUUCUUUAGGUGUACGAAAUGUUUAAAGGUUCUUCCCGUGUAUCCGCGGGAAGAACCAUCUCUUGCGAAACCUUUUUUUUGAGUUCCGUACGGCUGAAAAAGGUUUCGUAUGUCCCUAAGAAACCUUUUU